CAGAGAUGCUCCCCACUCGAAAGCGUCGGCCAGAAGCCGCCUUCCCUCGGGGUCACGGCGAGGUCAAGUUCAGGGAUCUGACCCUGUACCUGGUGGAGAGGAGGAUGGGGAAAAGCAGGAGGAGUUUUCUCUCGAAUCUGGCCAGAUCAAAGGGGUUCAGCGUGGACGACGCUCUCAGUGGUAACGUGACUCACGUCGUGUCUGAGGGAAACGCAGCGCAGGAUCUCUGGCACUGGUUGGAGGAGCAGGGAUUUGGAGAGACACCAGACACACACGUGCUGGAUGUCAGCUGGUUUACUGAGAGCAUGAGCGCUGGACGGCCUGUGCCUGUGGAACUGAGACAUUACAUACAAAAUCCUGCUGUGGAUCACAGGUCUUGUGCACAUCCGUCAGCCAAACCAGAGUCUGCUGUGUCUCCAUAUGCCUGCCAGAGACGGACGACAUUGGAUAACCACAAUAAGAUCUUUACAGAUGCGUUGGAAGUCCUGGCGGAGAACAUGGAGUUCGUUGGGAACCGAGGGCCGUGUCUGGCGUUUCGAAGGGCCGCUUCGGUGCUCAAGAGUCUCUGUGCUCCUUUACAACACCUGGAGGAGACGCAGCGCCUGCCCUGUCUGGGGGAACACAGCAACGCCAUCCUGGAGGAGAUCUUUGAAUGCGGAUCAUCCUCCAGAGCUGAAGACACACUGAAUGACGAGAGGUACCGAACUAUGAAGUUGUUCAGCAGUGUGUUCGGUGUCGGACCCAGAACCGCAGAGAGCUGGUUCUAUAGAGGACUCAGGACGUUUGAACAGGUUCUGACUGAACCCAGUAUCAGACUGAACCGCAUGCAGACCGCAGGGUUCUUGUUCUACGAGGACAUCAGUAAGCCGGUGAGCAGGACCGAGGCCAGCGCACUGAAGAUUAUAGUGGAAGAAGCUGUUAUCUGUGUAAACCCACACGCCACCGUCCACAUUACUGGAGGAUUCCGCAGGGGAAAGGAGUUCGGUCAUGAUGUGGACUUCAUCAUUAAAACACCCGAGCCGGGACAGGAGGACGCCGUUCUGCCAGCGCUGAUCCAGCGAUUCAAAGCACAGAACAUCCUGCUGUACUCAGACUUCCAGGACUCGACCUUUGACCUGAGCCAGCUGCCGACCCAUCGCUUCGAGGCCAUGGAUCAUUUCAGCAAGUGUUUCCUGAUAGUGAAGCUGAAGAGAGAGCAGGAGAGCGGUGAGCGAGAGGCGAGUCGGGACUGGAAAGCGGUGCGCGUGGAUCUGGUGGCUCCUCCGCUCGAGCGCUAUGCCUACGCCCUGCUGGGAUGGACCGGCUCCACGCUGUUUGAACGAGACCUGAGACGAUUCGCCAGACUGGAGCGAGGAAAACUGCUGGACAAUCACGCGCUGUACGACAAAGCAACGAAAGCCUUCUUGCCUGCCUGCACCGAAGAGGAGAUCUUUGCUCAUUUGGGUUUAGAGUAUAUUGAACCCUGGCAAAGAAAUGCCUAGUUUGCCUGAGAUUGAGCGUGAGUCUUCAGACCGACGCUGACACUCACACUCGAAUGACGCUGACACACACACUCGAACGCCUGCUGUGUGACUCGACCAGCCAGCGUGAGGAUUGUUACUGUGUUAUUUUUAAAGCAUUUGUUUACCAAUCGCAUUUGUACUCGCUUAAAAAUGUGUUGCUGCAUUAUAAGAAAAGAUCACAGCAAAUGUCAUUUGUCUACAAGAAAGAUUCA